GAUGAUUCAGAUAAAAUGAAAAUAAAUUAAUACAAUGAGUGAUCCAACUGAAUCAUAGUAGAAAUAAAAUAAUGAUGUAAUAUACUGCAAACAUCAUCCUGAAGAAUAGGUAACUAGGGUAUGCAAUAGUCCAGAAUGCAAUAAAGAUGGAUUCAUUUGUUCUAAGUGUGUGCAUGAAGGAGCACAUGAAGGUCACCCAUCAUUUGGAUAUGCUAAGUUAAAGGCUGCUCUCAUUAAAUUUGUUAAUUCAUCAAGAACACAAUAAGAUCUAACCAAGGAAGGAUAAUUGAGUUAUGCUAGAAUGUAGAACUAUUUGGAAGAGACUUCGUAAAGUAUAUACAAAUAAGCCUAAAAGUUGAAUAAAUUAAGUCAAUUCAUGGAAAAUCUGAAUGAAACUCUAUUAAGCUUAUAAGAGAUUGGAGAAGAGGUAGAUAUUGCAUAUACUAUACUUUACAACAUGGAUAAGAAAGAAACUGGAGUAGAUGUAUCCACUCUUAAUGAUUACUUAAAUUAAUUCAGACUAUUGAUGGAUAUCAAUCUAGACUCAUAAAAUCAUGAAGUAUCGAUCAAGCCAUCAAGCAUUUCACAAUUAAGAAUCAAGAAUAUUUUAGAUAAGAAAGCAGAUUUCACAUCAUUGUUAAGAAAAACAGUAGAAGAACAUGAACAACACUUUCAGAAGUUCUUGAAAGAAAUGGGAGAUUUGCUCAAAGAGAAUAAACAAUUUUUAGUGCCAAAGGCAAAUGAAACAGAAGAGAAUAGAAAUGCUGAAUUUGGAAAGAGAGCACUAUAUAAUUCUUAUUAUAAAUAAGACACAGAAAAAACUGAGAAAAAUAAAAAGAAAGUAAAAGGCUAAGUUAAAGGCAAAGUAAAGCAUGAGGAUGAUGAAGAAAUGAGCAUUGGCAGAGAAUAUUAAAUAGGAGCUGUUGAAAAAUGCGGUAUUCCAAAGUUAGAUUAAGGACAACCUCCAUAGGGGAUAAAGAAACAAAUGUUUAAAUUGUGUAACUAUCUAAUAUUUUACAAUACUUUGAUGUGUGAUUCAAUAUUGCCAGAGCCAAUAUUAAGAGGAGUACCUUUGAAGAAAAUGCAGCAAGGAGAAUUGAAGUUUCCGAUCAGAUGUGCUUUUUGUAGACUAUUAAAAAUUAGAUCAUUUGUGCAAUUCUAUUUUAGAUUUGAUCUGGUAUCAAGAUUUGGAAAGCUUUGCUUAUUUAAAGAUAAAGAAGGAAGAGAAAUAUGUUCUCAUGAAAUGUGUUUGCUAUGGUCUAAUAGGGUUUAAGUAGAUUACAACACAAUGUUAGUGGAUAUUGCUACUUUGAUUUAGGCAGUCUAAUUUGCUUAAGCUUAAAUGUGUAGAUAUUGUGGAUCAAUUGGAGCAUCUUUGAAAUGCAAUAAAGCAGAAUGCCAUGUUCAUUAUCAUUUUAACUGUCUUAAACAAGUUAGAUUAAUGGGAUUAUAGUUGGAUCACGAAUAAAAAUUCAGAUUCUUUUGUGAGGAUCAUGUGAGACACAAUUAUUAAGGUUAAUCUGAUUGGUUCAUUACCAGAAUUAGAAUGAAGCAUAUUAUCUAAUAAGGAGGGUAGCCAGCUUUUACCAAAAAGAAUCCUUAGAUUGAUUGGUCUACAAGAGAUUCAGGCCUUAACAAUGAUAGUGACAUGGAAGAAUAGCAAUUCAAUAAAAAACAUAGAUAUUGA